AUGGAACACAAAUUUAUGGCUAAUGCGGAUAAUUUAACAGUUGUAGCAGAGAAAAGAGAAGACAUAAUAAUAAAAGCCAUAAACAAUCUGGAUGUAGAAGCAAAAAAGGUGGGCUUAGUAAUUAAUGAAAUCAAAACCGACUACAUGAAAUUAAACGAGGAUGAUCGAAGGGGACUAAUAAUAACGGGAAAAUACAAAUUUGAAGAAGUAACUAAGUACGGGAAAUGGAUGAAGUGGAAAGAAGCAAGUGGUGUGUUGUAUGAUAGAAGUAACAGACAAGUUUCAACGAAACUAAAAGAAAAACUAUAUAAAGCUACCAUAAUAACAGCUAUAAUGUACAGAAGUGGAUGUUGGGUAGCCACAAAGAAAAGGAACAACUAA